UUUUCAGCCCGCCAGCUAUCUACAUCCUGGCAUCUGCAUAGUGGCCCAAGGACUAAACCUCCACUGUACCCCAACUGCAAGCCAGCAAGCCUUCGGGAGCAUAUGGGGUGUAUUUCGGCCUCAGGUGUCGACUGCCGGGCUGCCUGUCAUCUGCUCUGCCCCGAUGAACGCAAUCAUUAAGCUAUGCAAAUAAUUGAACUAGAUCAUCAAUAACACCACCACCCAUCGACAUAUAUUCCCUUUCCUGAAAAGAAUAUUGCCACACCAUCGAGUGCUAUCUUGCAGCACACAGAGAGGGAUUUAUUGCAUCCACCGCGACGAAAUCAACAUGGACUCCCCCUCCCCCCACGGCCCCUCAGCCCGCAACUCCCCCAACCCCGAUCAAACCAGCCUCCCUCGCAGACCAGCCCAGCGCACGCAAUCAUCCGACUCCUCAGCGUCCACGGCGCAACAUACGCCCAUCCCCGAUGACAAGCAUGGCGCCGAUCUACCGAUGAAUCUAUCCGCCUCCGUGGUGUUAACCAGUCUGCCCCGCGAUGCCCACCAAGCAUUGGCGGAUGCAGAAGCCGUAGACAAGGGCAAAGUCACGGUCCGAUUUCAGCCUCUCCCCUCGGCCCCGAUUCUCAAAACCCGGGUCUUCAAGGUCAGCGCUUCGCAGAAGUUCGAGACCGUCGUCAACUUCCUCCGGAAGCGGCUUGACUGCAAGGAAACCGACUCGGUCUUCUGCUACGUCAAUAGCGUCUUUGCGCCGGGGUUGGAUGAAGGGAUUGGGGGGUUAUGGCGGUGUUUCAAAACGGAUGAGCAGCUCAUUGUUGCGUAUUCUAUGACUCCUGCCUUUGGAUGAUAGACGUAUCCAGGGUGUAGUUUGACACGGAAGGAGAGAUUGCUACCGCUUUGGCUUACAGGUUUGUCCGCUGAACAAUACGACUAACAGCUCGCUAACUGCCCUCUUGAGGCUUAAAGUAGAUGGCCUUGACGAUAUUAUGAACAGAGUCUCCUAUGCGAGGAUGAUUAUGGAACAUGGAAAUAAAAAGGUAUCUAUACAAAAGUAGACGGCGCAUCAACCAGCAACAGGGAUUC